AUGGGCAGUUCGGUGGCUCGUCAAUUGUGUUUACUACUUUUGCUAGUAAUCGGCUUCGUAAAUGGCGCUGAUUACCGACUAGACGGUCGUGUCGUACCCUCGUAUUAUAACCUGACCAUCGGGGUUCUCGCAGAUUCCGCCGAGCCCACUCUCUUCGAUGGCGAAGUGAGCAUUACUCUGCGGGUGGCUGGGAACCUGGAGGUGCCGCAAAUCACUCUACAUGCCGACACACUGGCGAUAUCGGAGUGCUGGCUUCUGGAUUCGGAUGGUGCACAGGUGGAGGCCAUCGAUAUCGGCCGGCUGAUUUAUGAUGGCACCACCCAACAGGUGACAGUUCCACUGGCACAGGCCUUGCAGCCUGGAGGAGAUUAUACGCUCGGGUUCAAGUACACCGGGCACAUUCGCACCGAUAUGGCCGGUCUCUUCUCCGCCAGCUAUGUGGAGCAGGGCACCAAUGCCACCAGGUGGCUGGCCGUCACCCAGAUGCAGCGCAUCAACGCUCGCCUGGUCCUGCCCUGCUUCGAUGAGCCCGCCAUGAAGGCCAAGUUCCAGCUACAGAUUAUCCGACCUAAUGGUUAUCAGGCGAUUGGCAACACCAAGCUAAGGGAAACCACAACGGCAAGUCAGGAUCGUUCCGUGGAUCACUUCGAAGAGACUCCUGUGAUGUCCACAUAUCUGCUGGCUUUCAUGGUGGCCAAUUACUCUGCCCGUGGAAAUGUGAGCGAUUUCGCUGUGCUAACUCGUCCGGAAUUCUUUAAUAACACGGAGUUUAGCUAUAAAGUGGGUCAGCAGGUGGUUCCAGCCUACGAGGAGUUGUUUCGGCUUCCAUAUGCUGGAUUGGGCAAUGAGGUGCUUCAAUAUGCCAGUUCUCCCAGGUUUCCUCACAACGGCAUGGAAAACUGGGGGCUCAUCAUCUUUAGCGAUGACGUCUUGGUUCAGGAAGCCGGAUACACCGACGACUGGUCAGAUAAAGAGUUUGCCAUCCGCAUCAUUGCCCACGAGACUUCGCACAUGUGGUUCGGUGACAGCGUAACCUUCUCCUGGUGGAGCUAUUUCUGGUUAAAUGAGGCCUUUGCCCGCUACUUCGAGUACUUCAUGGCCCACCAGCUCUAUCCUGAGUAUCACUUGGACGAGCAGUUUGUGGUGCGCCAAAUGCAGCUGAUCUUUGCUACGGAUGCUCGGAACAGUACUCAACCUAUGACUAGUCCGGAAUCGGAGAUACAAACUCCGUCGCAGAUUGCCUACAAGUUUAGUGGGAUUACCUAUGCCAAGGGAGCCUGCAUUGUCAGGAUGUGGCGAAAUCUUAUGGGGGCGCAAAACUUUAAUAUCGCCAUUAGAAACUACCUGAAAGAAUACCACUUGGCCAACACAGAACCCAAUGAUUUAUUUUACCACCUCUAUCAAAACUGGCCAAAGAAUAAGAGUGUGGAACUGUACCGAUUUUUCGCCGACUACACGGAGCAGGUGGGAUAUCCCAUGCUGAUUGUGAAUGUUACCAGCGGAAAUAAGUUCGUCUAUGUGGAGCAGCGGCGAUUCCUGCUGAAUCCUGGUGAUGGCAGCAAUGCGACACUAAAGUAUACAGUGCCUAUAACUUAUGCCACUAAUCUGGCGCCAAAUUUCGAUGACCUUACUCCGAGUUCAUAUUUGCACCCUGCCGUGGACUUGCUUCGGCUGUUUUUUGCCGAUCCCAUUGACUGGAUUGUGCUGAACCUGAGACAAUCGAACUACCAGCGAGUGCUCUAUGAUGAAACCCUGACAAAAGGCCUUCAGGUGGCUCUAUCUGCACGGGAUCACAGCGGAAUACCUGUUGAGAAUCGAGCACAGAUCAUCGAUGAUCUUUUCAAUUUCGCACGAGUUGGUUAUGUUGAUUAUUCCGAGGUCUUUGAAUUCCUGGAGUACCUGCGAAACGAGGUGGAUUAUGUGCCCUGGUAUGCUGUCUAUGAAAACCUGAACCUGGUGGCCAAGCGAUUGACACCUGAUCAGCUGCCCGACUUCCGAACAUAUCUCUCUGACAUCACAAAGGCUGUGUUUCAGUCACUUGGAGUUGAUUGGAGUGACCAAGAUACUCCGCUGGAUGUGGCCAAUCGGAAUAAGUUGGUCAAAUGGCUAUGCAGAUACCAGGCCAGCAAUUGCAAUCAAUUGGUUAGCCUGAAAUUCGCAACAUCUGAACAACCAUCGCCGGAUUACAGAGAAACGUUCUUUUGUGCCGCCAGUAGUAGCAGUUACAAUUCAUACACUCUGGUGUGGGCACGGUAUCACUUAGAAACUAGACCUAGUGAAAAGGAACUCCUUUGGUCCGCAGCUAGCUGCACAAGGGACUACGAAACCCAUUACUACAAGAUGAUCAUCACGGGUGCGGAGACUGUUGAACGGAAGAAAAUUGGCUUGGCCCGGUUGUAUGAGGAGAAUCCCGACUUGGUCGAGCCCAUUUUUAAGAUGGUAACUGCCAACAUCACCGAACUCGCCUUAUGUUUGGGCAGCUGGUCGGAAACAGCGGAGGUGAUCAGCGAUAUGGCGGAGUACUUCACCACCAGGAACCAGCAGCAGUUGUUUGAGGAAUUCUUCGAUUGCAACCACCAGCUAUUCGGUCAAUCGGAGGAGGUGCUCUCCAAGGCCAAGGAAUCGGUGGAGCAGAAUCUUCAGUGGGCCGAGAAGCGCCUGGACAGACUGGUGCUCUUCCUGUCCCGCAGGAAUGGCGGUUCCAGCCUGGUUGGCAGUUCCUUGGUGGUGCUACUGUGGGCCUUGGCCAGCCUGUUGGCCUGGCUCUGAUUAGCUAAUAAGUUGUGUGUGUGUGGGGGAAAUAAAGAGAUUUGCCGUGGUCAUGCGCUGCGGGGGAAAUGCC